AUGGCCGGCACCAGCUCCGAGCGCCCGCGGGAGCUUCGGGCAGCGAUCGCAGGGAGGCGCUUCCGGCAGUGGCGUCACGGCGCGUCCGGUCUCGGUCCGGGCGGGGCCGCAGAUGCCGGAGAAGAGCGGCAGGAAGUCGCCCCGCAUGGCACAGAGCAGAAGAGGCUGGUGGACAGGAAUAUCCCCAGCCAGGAACAGCUGCACUUCAGCAGCGAUUUGGGCCCUUUGCAGGGCACAUCCCAAAAGGUGAAAACCCAGGCCAGGGACUGGGACAGACAAACAGAAUUCCUGGAGAACAGAUGGGCUCAGGUGGACACAUUCUGCCAGCACAAGUAUGAGAUUGCGGCCCCAUCUGCCCGGCCUGGGCAACCCCACAAUGCCCAAUCCUCCCAAAAAAUUCUGUGA